AUGCGCCCUCCGACUUUUCUCGGCGCCAUCGCCACAACAUCUAUUCUCCUCAACUCAUUUACACACGCUUCCCCACGACCAAACGAAGAGCCAUCCGCAGCGGUCGAAGAGAGAGAGCCCGCUUUCCCACCCAAAGUCAAGACUGAACACCACGAUACAAAGUACUUCCACGAGCCAGGUGGAAACGAUAUAUUAGGACAUUACGACAUACGGUAUUUCCAAGGAAACCCAGUCACCUAUGAAGAGAAGCAAGAUUCUCUUCAAUAUCUAAUUAAAUCCUAUCUUACCACUUUCCGCGAGAGAAAUAUCGAGACAUGGAUUGCGCAUGGGACGUUACUAGGUUGGUGGUGGAAUGGCAAAAUUAUGCCAUGGGAUUGGGACUUGGACACGCAGGUUUCGGCUGCUACGUUGGCUUGGUUGGGAGAGAAUAUGAACAUGACGAUGCAUAAUUAUACAGGGAGAGCGGAUGAUGGAACGACUGUUACGAGAGAAUAUUUGUUGGAUAUCAAUCCUAAUCAUGUGGAGAGAGUGAGGGGUGAUGGCAUGAAUGUUAUUGAUGCGAGAUGGAUUGAUGUGAGGAAUGGAUUGUUCAUUGAUAUCACUGGACUUGCAGAAGUAAACCCCAGUACACAGCCAGGAAUCUGGAGCUGUAAGAAUUAUCAUCGUUACAGGACGAGAGAUAUCUAUCCAUUGAGAGAGACCGAGUUUGAGGGCGUGCCAGCUCUUGUACCAUAUAGUUUUGAUAGGGUACUUACGGAUGAGUAUAGUCCGAGAGCUCUAACCAAGACUUUACAUGAGGGCCACAGAUGGAACCCCGAACAAAAAGAAUGGAUUCCCGAACCCCAAAUCAAUAUCCACGAAAGUGGUCUUGAAACCCGAGAUGAAAGCCACCCACACAUGCCUCGAAGUAUCCAAUCUGGUGGUAGUCGCAAGGCGGGAUUGAGAAAUCUUUUGAACGUUUUGUGA